GGAAUGACCGCCUCUAGUCAGGCCGUUCAAGGUCGUUGAAACAAAAGGGCGGAAAGAUUCGAACAGCUCUAACGUGCCAUCGUACCUGGUUACAGUCUAUUAUUCUAUAUUGCAAAUCCCAUUCCCAGUAAUAGUCUCAUUCUUCAACUUCUUGAACAAUUCUGGCUUAUCCAUUUGGGGGCUCAGUUCCCGGUUCAAUGCAGCAUGACUCUACAGACUACAUUAAAGCAUUUAAAUAAACUUCAUCGAUAGAUCAGACAAGAUGUUACGUAUUUUCUCGCGAUUUGGAUCUGAUAAAUGUACUCGCUUUCUCUACACGUCUUGUUAUGUUAAUACACCUAAAAUUCAACCAAGCAAAUCCUCACAGUUACUGAAGUCAUAUUUUGAACUUGGACGAUUCGCUAGACCAACAGGCACGUGGCUGUUAUACCUUCCUUGCACGUGGAGCAUUGCUCUAGCUGCACCACCGGGUCACUUACCCGACAUUUAUAUGCUAACCCUAUUUGGCGUUGGCUCCAUUUUGAUGCGAAGUGCCGGUUGUACAAUAAAUGAUAUGUGGGAUAAAAAAUACGACAUGCUUGUCAAACGCACAAAGGAUCGUCCACUAGCUUCGGGUUCACUAACCUUUCCCCAGGCUUUAUUGUUUCUUGGUGCUCAGCUAGCGACUUCGCUUGUAAUAUUAUUGCAAUUGAACUGGUACAGUGUAUUUCUUGGUAUCCUGUCAUUGGUUCCUGUCAUCACGUAUCCUCUGUUUAAACGUAUUACUUACUGGCCGCAGCUUGUACUUGGCUUAACAUUGAACUGGGGUGUUUGGCUUGGGUAUUCUGCUAUAAAUGGUUUUUGCCUUUUCUCCGUGUGCACUCCUUUGUAUUUAGCUGCAGUGUGUUGGACAUGCACGUACGAUACCAUAUAUUCUCAUCAAGUCUUACAUUCAACUGGGGUGCUUUGCUGGGUUAUUCUGCUGUCACAGGUUCUGUUGACCCUCUGAUUUCAAUUCCUCUCUAUUUUGGUGGCUUCAAUUGGACAAUUAUAUACGACACAAUCUAUGCACAUCAGGAUAUUGACGAUGACAUCCGUAUAGGCGUAAAAUCAACUGCAAUUUUGUUUGGAGAAAAAACGAAAUUAUAUUUGGGCGCUUUUCACAUGGGAAUGACAGCGUGUCUCCUCACUGUUGGAAUUAACGCAAAUGCUGGUUGUCUAUAUUACCUUGGGACCUUCCUUACAAUGUUUCAUAUUGCUCAUUUAAUAAGGAAGACGGACCUAAAGAAUCCCAAUUCUUGUUGGCAGACCUUUAAAGAUAGUAAAAAAACUGGUCUUUUGUAUUUUCUUACCAUUGUACUGGACAAAAUAUCACUAUAAGUUUAUUGUUCUUCUAAAUAAUAAAAUUAACCUUUUGUAAAUAUUUCAGGGUUUUCAGCUGGCUGUUAUACAUUGGUUUCCAUUCUCAAUAAAAUCUAUUACUUUUAAAAUUACUUAUAUAAUUAAACUAAUUAUCUGACAUAGACGUAUGAUAUUUAUGAUAAUCGUGUCUACUUUCUCUACAAAGAAUUCUUUUAAACGGGAAUAAGUUUGAACAGAGUGUUUAUUGUAAAUUUUGAUACACCGUCAACUGGCAAAUGUAUUGUUACAAAUAGUUUAAAAUAUAACUGUCAAGCUCUCUAAACGAGAAAUCAUACCGUCCUAACCCAAGCAAAAAGCUACUCAAUACAAAUUAUUCCAAUUGAUUUCACUUAUUCUAUGUUAG